GUAAUGGUAACAGGAGGAAAGAUUAAAAUACAAAUAUGCCAACAAGCUCUGACUGAAACUGCAAGAUCUGCAGUUAUGAUACAAUGGAAACUUUACAAACUUCUUAUCACUUCCUGUUUAUAACUUCUGAAUUGGUUCACAUCCUCUCUACAUUCACUUCACUGACAUUCAAAGCAACGGAGCACAGCAAAGAAAACCACAAUCAAAAGAAUGGAUCGCAGGCAGAGAGCAUCUGAGGCUGUUGUGAUGUUGCAGCCUCAGCAUCCACAUGCAUAUUAUCCAUCCAGCUCAGGCCAGUCAGUCCAGCAAGGCCCCUACAAUCAAGGGCCACUUCCAGGACAAACUGUGGUCACGAUGCAGACUGAAGAUUUUGAGCCCGCCGCACCACUGUCGGAUCACUUGUGCUACUCCAUCUUCACCAUGCUUUGCUGCUGCAGUCCUCUGGGCAUCGCAGCGCUGGUAUUUUCCCUCUCUACCCGAAAUGCCAACGGAGCUGGACACAGAGAAUUAGCUGUGAGGAACUCCAAAACGGCACGCACCCUGAAUAAUACCGCCUGUUGUCUUGGCAUUGUUUUGAUUGUAUUUAUUGUUGUCUUUGAGUUAGUGUUACUUGAAAAACUAAAAAACCUAAAUUAUUUGGAAAAGAAUUCCCAAAACUGAGUUGAUGUCAUACUGUAAAGCAAAUACGCAUAAAUUACAGUUUUUUUUUAUUUUGUUAAACAUGUUUUUAUUUUCCCCCUAUAUAUUUAUGCUUUGAGUUGCAUUA